GCGGAGCCGCAGGGACCCGCGGGACCCGGGCGAAGGGACAGAAGCAGCAGCCCCGACGGGACAGAGGGGACGGCGGCGGCGGCUGCGGCCGCAGCGGGAGGCGCGAAAGAUGUGGCUGAAGCCCGAGGAGGUGCUGCUGAAGAACGCCCUGAAGCUCUGGGUCACCCAGAAGAGCAGCUGCUACUUCAUCCUGCAGCGCCGGAGGGGCCACGGGGAAGGCAGCGGCCGCUUCACGGGUCGCUUGGUAGGCGCACUGGAUGCAGUCCUGGAUUCCAAUGCACGUGUUGCCCCUUUUCGAAUUUUGCUACAAGUUCCUGGAUCACAGGUUUACUCUCCCAUAGCAUGUGGUGAGUUAUUGAAUGGAUCAGAAGUUUACUGGGCCAUAGCCAUUGGUGCAACUUUAGAAGAGAUUAAUCAGCAUUGGGAGUGGUUAGAACAAAAUCUGCUGCAUACAUUGUCUGUAUUUGAUAAUAAAGAAGAUAUUGCUAGUUUUGUGAAGGGGAAAAUAAAGGCCCUGAUUGCAGAAGAGACUAGCAGUAAAUUAGCAGAACAAGAGGAAGAGCCAGAGAAGUUUCGAGAGGCACUUGUGAAAUUCGAAGCCAGAUUCAAUUUUCCUGAAGCGGAGAAGUUGAUAACCUAUUAUUCUUGCUGCUGUUGGAAGGGCCGGGUCCCUCGUCAGGGUUGGCUCUACCUGAGCAUUAACCACCUCUGCUUUUAUUCUUUCUUCCUGGGCAAGGAACUCAAACUCAUCAUCCCCUGGGUUGAUGUUCAGAAGCUAGAAAGAACAUGCAAUGUCUUCAUGACAGACACUAUCCGCAUUACCACGCAGAAUAAAGAGCGAGAUUUUUCCAUGUUUCUUAAUCUUGAUGAAGUAUUUAAGAUAAUGGAGCAACUGGCAGAUGUGACACUCCGAAGGCUACUAGAUAAUGAAAUCUUUGAACUGGAUCCAGACUUACAGGAGCCAACCCAGAUUACCAAGAGGGAUCUGGAAGCCCGAGCACAAAAUGAGUUCUUCCGGGCCUUCUUCAGGUUGCCAAGAAAGGAGAAGCUACAUGAAGUUGUAGACUGUUCUCUUUGGACACCAUUUAGCCGCUGUCACACAGUGGGACGGAUGUUUGCUUCUGAUAGCUAUGUCUGUUUUGCCAGCAAAGAAGAUGGCUGUUGCAAUGUCGUCCUUCCGCUUAGAGAGGUAGUGAGCAUAGAAAAAAUGGAAGACACAAGUCUACUUCCUAAUCCCAUCAUUAUCAGUAUAAGGAGCAAGAUGGCCUUUCAGUUCAUUGAACUCAAGGAUAGAGAGAGCUUGGUGGAGAACCUGCUCAUGAGGCUGAAGCAGGUUCAUGCUAACUGUCCAGUGCAUUACGACACCUUGAAAAAUGAAGAUGUGACGUCCUCUCUAUUUCAGUCAAAUAACGUUUGUGGUGACCAAAAGUUUGGGACUCUCAAACUGUCUCAGAAUGGUAACAAGAUUGACAAAGAAACUAGCCCUCUGCCAAAUUCUGAGGCACUCAUAGCCAUCUUCCACCAGUCGGGAACUCAGAGCCCUGAUUCCAGAAUGUCAAGAGAACAGAUAAAAGCAAGCCUAUGGAAUGACCAUUUUGUGGAAUAUGGCAGAACAGUGUGUAUGUUUCGUACGGAGAAGAUCCGCAAGCUUGUUGCCAUGGGAAUCCCCGAAUCUCUGCGGGGUAAACUCUGGCUCCUGUUUUCAGAUGCUGUAACUGAUCUUGCCUCUCAUCCUGGUUACUAUGGGAAUCUGGUAGAGGAGUCGAUGGGCAAGUGUUGCCUAGUAACGGAGGAGAUAGAGCGGGAUUUGCACCGCUCUCUACCAGAGCACCCUGCCUUCCAAAAUGAAACCGGAAUUGCCGCCUUGAGGAGAGUACUGACAGCCUAUGCUCACCGAAACCCCAAGAUUGGAUACUGCCAGUCAAUGAACAUUCUGACAUCUGUGUUACUUCUAUAUGCCAAAGAGGAAGAAGCCUUUUGGCUGCUGGUUGCUGUGUGUGAACGGAUGUUACCAGAUUACUUCAAUCAUCGAGUAAUAGGAGCCCAAGUAGACCAGUCAGUCUUUGAGGAACUGAUAAAAGAGAGACUUCCAGAACUGGCUGAACACAUGAAGGAUCUAUCCACUCUGGCUUCCAUUUCCCUUUCAUGGUUCCUGACCUUGUUCCUCAGCAUCAUGCCUUUAGAAAGUGCUGUGAAUGUCGUAGACUGUUUCUUCUAUGAUGGUAUCAAAGCCAUCUUCCAGCUGGGGUUAGCUGUGCUAGAAGCAAAUGCAGUGGAGCUGUGUAGCAGCAAAGAUGAUGGCCAAGCCUUGAUGAUCCUUAGCAGGUUCCUGGAUCAUGUUAAAAAUGAAGAAAGCCCUAGACCACCAAUUGGAAAUCAUCAUACCUUUUUCUCUGAUGAUCAGGAACCCUACCCUGUGACAGACAUAGCAGAUCUAAUUCGGGACUCCUAUGAGAAAUUUGGAGACCAGUCAGUAGAACUGAUUGAGCAUAUGCGCUGCAAACACAGGAUUCGAGUUCUCCAAGGUCACGAGGACACAACAAAACAGAAUGUUCUCCGGGUUGUUAUUCCAGAAGUAUCAAUUCUCCCUGAAGAUUUGGAGGAACUCUAUGACUUAUUCAAGAGAGAACAUAUGAUAAGCUGUUACUGGGAGCAGACAAGUCCUGCAUUUCAGCGCCACGAUCCCAACAGACCAUAUGCUGAACAGUAUCUGAUUGAUGCUCAACAGUUCACCAACCUUUACAAGCUUGUCUCUCCAUGGACAUGUGGUGCCCACACUGAGAUCCUGGCUGAAAGGACCUUUCGCCUCCUGGAUGAAAACAUGGAUCAUCUCAUUGCAUUCAAAGGAUUUGCUAUCUGCCUAGAUAUUAUGUAUAAUGGAGAAAUGAAUGAAAAAAUAAAACUACUAUAUCGGCUCCAUCUCCCCCCUGCUCUCACUGAAAAUGACAAGGAUAGUCAAUCACCAUUAAAGAAUCCACUACUGUCAACUUCAAGACCCCUGGUCUUUGGGAAAUCAAACGGUGAUGCAAUUGAUUAUCAGAAGCAGUUGAAACAAAUGCUGAAGGAUUUAGCUAAAGAAAAAGACAAAACUGAAAAAGAAUUGCCCAAAAUGAGCCAGAGAGAAUUUAUCCAGUUCUGUAAAACUUUAUAUAGUAUGUUUCAUGAAGAUCCAGAGGAAAACGACCUCUAUCAAGCUAUUGCCACAGUGACUACUUUGUUACUCCAGAUAGGAGAAGUGGGACAAAGAAGCAGCAGCUCAGGAAGCUGCUCUGAUGAGUAUAUGGACGAUGUACAGACAGAAGUGUCCGCUUCCACCUCUGACCAGGACUCAGUUUUCACCGACAUGGGGAAGAUGCCUCAGAGAUAUUCCCAAGCAUUAUCUAUGACAGAAGGGGAUUGGACUGUCUCCCUUGAACAUAUUUUAGCAUCACUUUUGACUGAACAGUCAUUAGUAAACUUCUUUGAAAAGCCACUAGACAUAAAAUCUAAACUUGAAAAUGCCAAGAUCAAUCAGUAUAGUCUCAAAACCAAUGAAAUGAGCCGCCAGUCUGAGUAAAGGACAGCACAGCCCACUGUAGCACAGCACCCCUGUUCUGCUGAGUACACUGGAAGAGGCUAUACCAAAGCACAUGUUGCAAAACAAAGCUGCUUCUCAGUUUCUUAGCAUACUAUUUAGAAGUGAGAUCUGUCCAAAUGUCAGCUUGAGUAAGUCUUACAAACUUGAGGGGUUACAACAAAGGUAUCAUGAUAGCAACCAAAUGAAACUGGAGACAAAAAACCCAAACCCUUAAAAGCUUUACUUACAGGACUUGGACAGAAGCCAUUCCUUUAUCAAAUCUCUCACCAAUUCUAGCUGAGGACUCUGGAGCAGACAGAGCAGAACAGCUAUGCUCCUGGCUAUUCCUAAUUUGUCUCCAUGUUUAAGCUACGGUUUUGUUUCAGAGUUUGCUGCUGCUUACCUCUUGUAUAGAGGGAUUUCUAUUUUUUAGAGCUUUCCCCCCCACCAAUGAACGUAAAAGAUGUUACUCAGUAAAAUUUGGGGUGAUUGGGGGAAAGACUAAUUUAUGUCCAGGUUUAAAAGCUACUGUUUGCAAUUGGCUUUUUUUUUUCCUUUUGCACUAAUCCUGAAAACCUGUUUCAAUGCUGGUAAUUGAAACUGUUUUAAUAUUUUUGGUUGUAUUCAAUUUCUAUGUCUUGCAAAAAAAAAGUGUACAAAUCAUGCUUUUGAUGUUGUUGGUCCCCAAAAGCAGUUUUUAAUAAUAUUCUUUUGUAUUGACUUGCUGGUUUUCUUUAAGUUACUUAAACACUUUUCAUAAAGAAAAAAAAAAACACCAAUACUAGAAUUUGGGAACUAAAAGACCUUGGCUAAAACUUAGUCCAUCCUACUCACUGUACAAAUAUGUCAAUCAUAUUUGGAAAACACCUCCUUAGGGUAUACUCUAAAACACAUCUUAUUUCAUCUCCAUUAUAAGGCAGAUAAAGAACCUUACCCUUUCAAUGCAAUGGAAUUUUACCUAUCAUUUUUAUGAUUAGCUAUAGAGGUAUCAACCCCUAAAAUAACAAAGACCCUAAGCUCCUUUCUUGUGUGUGAAAUGGGAAAAGGCAGUCAUCCCUAUUACAUGACAAGGAGCCAUGAACACUAGUUAUUUUGGGAUUUUAGAAUAAGCAAUGUCAAAAACCAAAUGCUAACAGAUGUCCACCACAACCAGAUGGAACAAAUCAUUAACAAUGCCUCAUCAAAACACACACACCUGAAUCCCAACAACCUAUACUCUUUCUGGUGCCCUGCCCACUGAAUAGGCAUGCUCUGCUAUGACCAAACAGUAAGCUUUCCUCAAAGUGCGUACAGAGUGGGUUGCAAAAAUCUUGGUUCAACUCCUAGGAUAUAAAGGGUAAAACAUAGCUCUUGACCUUUUUUGGUUUCCCCAUACAUGAAGAGAAAUGAUUAAGUUACUACUAACACAAUCCUACUUGUGUUAAAUCUCACCAUUAAGAAUUUAAGAGGUUUACCUGUGGUACUCAAGAGCCUACUUUAAAAUAGUUUCUUAUAUAAAUAAACCCCCAAGAGUCACGUGAGUAACUUACACAGUCAAAAACAGGCUAGCAGCUGACAUUUUAUAAUUUUAUUUAAACGAAGUUCAAUUUAGUUUUCAUCCACAUUGACUGUCUGUAAGCCUGCAAAGCAAGAGAAAACAACCUGAGUGAAUUUGAAUUUUGAUGUAAGCUUUUCAUAAUCAGGCAUAGUUUAUAAAAAAUGGAAUAAAAGUCAAAUUAAGUCAUAAGAGGUGAAACUUAUGAGUUGUAUAACUUACUUUUGA